UAGUAUUUAAAAAUAAUGUUUAAUUUUUUUAUUUUUAGGUUACAGUAUGCUGGAGAUAAUUUUGUUAGAGUUACCGGAGAUACGGAAAAACAUUCUCGAACACAGGUGUUUGCUUGGCAAGCUUAUGAAAAAGGCAUGGAUGUCCACCUCCAGUCUGAACCUACAAAAGCUGAACUUUUGUAUAAAGAGUUCCAAGUUAAAAAGGAGGAAUUUAAACAUAGUAUGAAAGAUAAUAUUCUGGAUAAAUAUGGUGGAGGAGAACAUUUGCAAGUUCCUCCAAAGAAACUUAUCUUUGCACAAACGGAGGAUUAUGUAGAAUAUUCUUAUGUAGAAUAUAAUGGUGUCAUUUUGAAAGGAACUGAGAGACCGGUAGUUUGAUCAAAAUGUGAAGAUGAUGUUUUUAUCAAUAAUCAUACAGUAAGUAGG